CCCUCGCAUCCCCAGCCAUUGAUCCAUUUGUUUGUCCCAUACAUCGUCGGUUGAGUGAUUGAUUGCCUGAUUGAACCAUUGAUUGAACCAUCCAUCCCAUCUGCCGUUCCAACCCGCGGAAAAACUAUACAGCAAAGAACAACACCAUCGCCUCGGACGGGAAGGAGGCAAAGAAAACAAAAAAAAAAAGGGCCAAACGCCAUCAAUCCCUCGCAAAGCUUCCUGGCCAUGUCCGAGUGCUCGACUUCACCGUCCGACCAGUUCGACAUACCACAACCGCCCAAGCGCAAAGCCCUCCAAGCAGGGUUGGACGGCACUGCUACCGGACGUUCCGUGAAGCGGAGAGCUUCCAAAGCUUGCCAAUGCUGUCGAGCCCGAAAAGUCCGCUGCAAUGUUACCGAACAUGGCGCACCUUGCACAAAUUGUAGAUUGGACGAAGUUGAGUGUAUCGUGUCGGAGAGCAGGAGAAAAAAGAAAUGGAGCAAAGACGACGAGAAACACACCGAAACCACAACCGCAUCUACCGCCACCGCCGCUACCGCAGUCACUUCCUCUAGCAUCAAUCGUAAACUGGCUUCGCGUGACGCCCUGGACAGCAUCCAGCACUUGAACUCAGCCGCAUCCUGUCGGUCACAUGAAGAGCCGCGGCUGGACGAACACGUGCCACAUUCCAUCUAUCAACAUCAUGGACAUUUGAGCUCCAUCUCCGAUUUGCAUCGUCGCCUGUCCGUCUCAUCGCAAACCAAUGGCUUACCCAUCCUGCCUUUUGCGCCCUUUCCCCGGGAAAGCCGGCCACCCUAUUUUGCGAAUCUCUCCCCACCUCCCAAUGUAGGCGCAUUGCCGCCUUUCAUCAAACCGCUUCCGUCCAAAAUUGGCCCGGAUGAGGUUGCUUAUCUGGAUAAAAAGGGUGCCUUGACCAUCCCCAAAGGCACCCUGCGAAGCGAGAUGUUGCGCGCCUACAUCGAAUUUGUGCAUCCAUACAUGCCCCUGCUGGACCUCCAUGACUUUCUGGAUAUGAUUGACCGUCCCGAUGGCAGCCGGGGAAAAGUCAGCCUGAUAUUGUUUCAGGCCGUCAUGUUCGCCGGUUCAGCUUUCGUCGACAUGAACCAUUUGCGCAUUGCUGGGUACACAACCAGGAAGGCGGCCCGUAAAGAUUUCUUCCAGAAAACCAGGAUCUUGUACGACUUUGACUAUGAAUCUGACCGGGUUUCGCUCGUGCAAGCUUUAUUACUUUUGACCUAUUAUUACGAGACGCCAGAUGAUCAGAAGGAUACGUGGCAUUGGAUGGGCGUUGCAACUUCCGUCGCACACACCAUUGGCCUUCACCGCAACCCAGAUAAAUCGAACCUCGACUCGAAGCGUACAAAACUGUGGAAACGAAUAUGGUGGUCCACCUACAUGCGCGAUCGCCUGAUCGCCUUGGGUAUGCGGCGGCCGACUCGGAUAAAAACCGAAGACUUCGAUGUGCCCAUGUUGACGCUUGACGAUUUUGAGCUGGCACCGAUUUCUGAUGCAAUUUCUUGCGUACCUGCAGACUGCCGUGUCGCCAGAAAUGUCGACCUGCAGCGUCAACUGGCCAUCAUGUGUAUCGAGAAGGCAAGGCUCUGCCUGUGUAUCUCGCAUGUACUGUCCAAACAAUAUUGUGUUCUCAACAACAACCACGGGCUUCAGAACGAUCGAACGACGAUGAUGCUGCUACCCAAGAAAUUGGACGCAGAAGCUAGCGGAGUCAAGGAUUGUGACGAAGUGCUCCAAAGCUGGGUCAGUGGGUUGCCGUCUGAAGCUAAAUACUCGGAAAACUAUAGCGGCGAGAGUUCGUUGGAUGUGAAUCGUGCCCUUUUGCACAUGGUUUUCUUCACCACUCUUUCUGCUCUUCACCGUCCCCAGGUUCUUCCUUCAUCACAAGGAGGACCGGCAAGCAUGCCUGCUAAAGUAAAGAUCGCUUCUGAAGUCCUCGAGGUGUCGCGUCGAAACGUGCGCCGUGCUGCUUCAGCUAUAACAUCAAUUGCACAACGUCUUGACUCCUUGGACUUGGUCAAAUAUUUGCCCACGACUGGCGUGACAGUCCUGCUUCCGGCGAUCAUCAUUCAUCUCCUGGAUAUCAAGGCUCCCGAAGAAGACACACGUAGAGCGUCACUUAGAGGUUUCUGUCAAUGCAUGGUAGUCAUGGGGAAAAUGCGUGAUCUAUACGCCGCUGCCGACUACUCUACAGCGUUUCUCGAGGCCGCGAUCCGCAAAGCCGGCAUACACAUUGCUCCCACAACUGUGCACCCACCUGGCGAUCAUAGCGCCUCAUCCGUGGUGGCGAAACCAUCUCCUGUAACCUCAGUCGAAGACCUCGUGGAUGCUGGAAGGAGGCUGGAUAUCCAGACCACUGCAACCUGUGCGACAGUGACUGCAUCUCACCAUCUACAACGCUCAACCCUGACACCUCCUCCUGAUAACAACAGCAGCAGCAGCAGCAGCAGCAGCAAUGAUGGAACCACCAAUAUGCACAUGCUGGAGAAGACAUCGGCCGCGACCAACAAUGUAACCGAUGACGAGGUGGCCCGACGGCUAGAAUUCUUCCUAGCUUCCACGCCGCCCGAGUCGGACAAUGACCACGAUAUUCAAAUUCCAUCCAUGACCAUCUCCCAAGACCCAAUCCCCACAGCAGCGGCAGCGGAGCCCACACCGUUCAACAAGUACAGCACGAUGGAGCUCCCACCGAAUCCCCUGAACAACAUCAAUCACCACCAGGACGACGAAGUGUUGUUCAGCAGCUUGCCCAUUACACACGAAUUCGAUGACGGAGACUUUGACAGUCUGUUGAACCUGGAUGCUGUGGGAGAGACGUUCAAUUUCGACGAGGGUGCGUUUGAGCCUGGAUUGCAGGUUGGGGAUGUCGAUUGGCUGGCCAACGGGACCAUCCCAGCGCCCGAGGAAGCAGGAACAGCCUGA